CUGACUGUUUUUCAACAACAAUGUUUGUGUUUGUUUGCAAAUAAAACAUUGUUUAAGAUGGAAGAUAAAAAGUCCUAUGUAUGGGAACAUUUUAAAAAGAAGACACCAGAUACUGCUGUUUGUCAAUUGUGUUCAAAAAUAAUAUGCUUCAAAGGUCAAAGCACCAGUGGUCUUAUGCGCCACUUAAAAGGUAUACACAACAAACAGUUUGAAAAUAUAGAACGCAAAAACGAAGAACCUCCCGCAAAAGUUAAAAAAACAAUGUUGGACUACUCCAAAAACAAAAAAGAUGACAUGAACCAAAUAGUGUCCAAAUUAGCAGCAGUUGAUGGUUUUUCCAUAAGAUCCAUAACGAGAAGUACGUUCAUAAGAGAAUCGAUGUUGCUUAAACGGUUUCACCUUCCAAGAACUGAACGUGAUGUCCAACAAUUAAUAAUAAGUAGAUUUGGUGAAGUUAAAAAUGAAAUUAUACAACAUAUUGAAUCACAGUUAAAAAAUAAAUCUAGAUUUUCCCUUGUUAUGGACGAAUGGACAAGUAUAAAAAAUAGAAGAUACCUUAAUAUAAGUUUGUAUGGACAGGAAAGAACCCGACAUAACUUAGGAAUGGUAUAUAUUCCAGGAAAAAGUGGAGCUUUGGAAAUCCGCGAUCUUAUGGAAACUCGAUUAAAGGAAUACAAUAUCACCUUUGAAAACCACAUAGUCGCAACAACAACCGACGGACCAAAUGUUAUGAAAAAAUUUGUCAGACAAAGCCCAGUUGAUGGUGUAUUUUGCCUUAACCACGCAUUACAUUUAGCAGUUGUUGAUGUUCUGUAUAAAAAAACAGAAGUGGAACCAAUAUCUGCCGAUCUGGAAUUGAGCGACAGUAAUGAAUUUGAAGAUAAAUUGGAAGACGACUCUGAAGAUUAUGUUUUUGUAAUCAAUACUAAUUACAAAUUGGUAUUAGAACAAACUCGUCGUGUUAUUAAAUUGUUUAGAAAGAGUCCAACAAAAAAUUGUGUGUUACAAAGAUAUGUAUUGGCCGAAUAUAAUAAGGAAAUCUGCCUUGUAUUGGAUAUAGUAACCAGAUGGAAUUCUCUAGUUCCAAUGAUCGAAAAAAUUUUACUUUUAAAAAAUGCAAUAAAGAAAAGUCUCAUUGAUUUGGAAAUGGGAGACCUAUGGAUAGAAUCCAAUAUAAAUAAUUUGCAGAACCUUUUGGACGUUUUAAAACCAAUAAAAUUAGCUGUGGAAGCUUUAUGUCGGCGAGAAGUUAAUAUUAUAACAGCUGAUGUGAUAGUAAAUACUUUAUGCCGACAAAUUUCUUCAAUUAAUACUUCACUAGGAAAGACAAUGUUUGAAUCUCUUAUAUACCGAAUUGGAGAAAGAAGAGAUAUAAAAUUGUAUACCUUGACCAAAUACUUGAAAGAUCCUGAAAUUUUUAAUAAUAAUAAUAAUUUUUUUCCGAAUGCUUCAAAACACUCAAUUAUAUUAUAUGCAGAACAAAUUUAUAACCGUCUGUUUACCGAAAAAAAUAUAGAAUUAGAAGAAAUAGAAAUAGAUAGCAACGUUAAUGAUAUUUUAGAAGAUAAAAAUUUUGAGGACAUUUUAAACGAUGCAAUAAAUAACGUUAGUGAAAUAUCUACAUCAAACACUAAUGUACCUAACGGUUCGAUAAAAAAAGACUUAAAAUUUUUUGGAGAGUCUGGUAAGCAAACGGAAAAUAUAAAAAAUCUUUUAGAGGCCUUAUUAACUAUUAAGCCAACAUCUGUUGAAAGCGAGAGAGUUUUCUCUCUCGCGGGUCAAUAUGUUACCAAAAUUAGAAAUCGACUUUCAGAUGAAUCAAUAAAUGCUUUGUCGGUUUUAAAAACUCACUUUAAAAGUAUUAAAUAAAUAUGUUAAUAGAUAUAUAGUUUUUUUUAUGUUUUUAUGUACCUAUAUAUUUUUAAGUAGUUUUAA